AUGCUAGAUAGAGAACAACUUGUUUUCAAUGUUGAUGUUGCUUUUAUUGUGCAGAGUUUUCUGAAUGAUUCGGAUCGAAGAAAUUGUGAACAGGUUUCUAUUAAUUUUCAUCGUGCUUGUAAUACUUUGGAGAGAUUGGAGUUUAGGGACCGAUUGCAAAAUGUUGAACUGAAUUUGAUCAGAGAGAAAUUUGAUAAAUCAUCAAUUGCCUCGUCUCCAAAAAGAGUUUUUUCAUCAGCAGAAGAAGUUUUCAAUGAAGAUAUUGAAAUGGAAAUUGAAGCUUUUGAGAGAAAGCAUAUCAAGAUUCCAUUUCAUUUGAAAGAGUAUUUGAGAAUGUCAGUUCAUUUAGAUCCCUAUUUAAUUUUGGACAUUCUGAAGGAAUAUGUAUUUAUGCAUCCAUUGACAGUUUUGUGUCCUUUGAGCGAUUGGAUUGUCAUUAGGGAAGGGGAAGAAUAUUUGAUUGGGGAGUUUUCUAAUUCAAGUGGAAGAGAAAGUUUCAUAUUUACUUUGAAUCAAAAGCAAAAUGGAAAAUGCUCAAUAUUCAUGACCAUUACAAAAAAUAACAAUUUUGGAUAUGAUCAGAUUAUUUCUUACACCACCAAAAAACGAGUUGAGAUUGGUACAUUGAAGAGAUGGUUCAAUAAUUAUGGAUUUGGAUGGUUUGUGAAUAGGAACAUCUUUCACUACUCUUUCCAUAACUCCUUACAAAGAAAUCAUUUGGAUUUGUUCCAAAUUUCCAGGAAUACCACAUCAAGUUUCAACUCUCAACACAUCUACAACUUGAUCAAAAAUUACAAAUUUGUCUUUCCAGGUGCGCUUAUGGAGAAAUAUAGCAUCGACUUGUUGAGAGAAGGUCUAAUAACUUUGAAACAACUAAAGGAAAAUCUUAGAAAAGAUCCAAGAAUAAUCGAUAUGGCAGUGAGAUGCAACGGAUUGAAUUUGGAGUUUGUUGGAAAGGAAUACCACAGAAAUGAGGAAAUGGUUCGAAAGGCUAUCUCACAAAAUGGAUUGGCCUUAAAGUUUGCAUCCAAGUCUGUACGAAUGAAUAAGGAUAUUGUGGAGAUGGCAUAUAGACAAAACAAAUAUGCACUUAAAUAUUCAUUGCUAUCACCUAAGGAGGAUUCAAAAACAAUUUCAGAUAGAUUCCUGAAAUACUUUUCCUUCAAUCAAGAUCCUAACUGUGAAAUAGAAACUUUAUUCCCCAACAAUGACUAUCUUUUGAGAUGUAUCUAUGGAUUUGGAUUGGAAUAUUUUUCUCAAUAUCAAGUUGAUAUGAUCAAAAGAUGUCAGAGAGAGGACAACACUGCUCAAAAUAUUCUAUUCCAAGCACCUUCUGUCGGUAAAACAUUGGCUUCAUUAAUUGUAGCUUUGGAACGUAUACAAAAGUUUAAAUCUAUAUUGGGAAGUGGAAUUCACUGCUUGAUUCUAUGCCCUAAUAGAGAACUUGUUAUCAAAGUUGCCAGAUUAUUUAGCAGCUUAUUAAUGUGGAAUGAUAUUAAUAUCAUAACGGCCCAUGGAGGUCACAUUGAAAAGUUAUAUUUUUAUAAUUAUGAAACGUACAUGCCAUGUACUCCAAUGGAAGUUGAUUUCAGUAGAAAAACUGAGACAUCCCCCAACCCUAGUAUUCUUAUUGGAACACCAGGUAGAUUAGCACUUGAUGAUUUAAGAAGUGGAAUGUUUGAACUAAACAAAGUCCAUACAAUAAUAUAUGAGGAAGCUGAUACCUUACUGAGCGGAGAAUACGAUUCACUUACACAUAUUAUGAGAGAAAUUGAAGAGUACAAUCCAAAUUGUAAACUAAUGAAUAUCGUAUUGUGUCAAACUCUCACAGAAAGAAUGUACUUUAAGAUGAACACUACAUUCAAUCAAAAUCUGGAAUAUUUCUAUAAGGAGGAAAAGUUUGCAUUUUUGAAACCACUAUCACUAUUGAGGGGUUUUAUAGACCAUGAAAUUGUUUCAGUAGAAGACUUGAGUGAUACUGAGGUCCACAAUCUCAAGUUAGAUCUCUUAAAAAAGAAUGGGGAUGAGAUUCCAUUACUUGUUGCGUUUGGAAAUAGAAGAUCCAUUGAAAGGUAUAUUGAUGGAAAUCAAUCCAUAUUAAUUUCAAUACUACACUCUGACAUGGAGCAACGGGAUAGAGAGCUAGUAUGGAAGGAAGCUAACGAAUUGACGUGUCAAGUGUUGUCCACAACAGAUAUCAACAGUAACGCCAUGUUGCUUACAAGAGAAAUCCAUACAGUGUUUCAAUUUGAUUUUCCAUCCUCAGAAGAAAUAUUCAUCAAAAGAAUUAGAUAUGCCCUUUUUAGAGAAAACAAGAUGAAAGUAAUAACAUUUGUAAACUCUAAAAAACAAGAGAGGAGAAUCCUCAAGUGGCUUCGAUAA